AUGGCGGUUUACCCUACCCCGCCGCGCAUCAUGGCGGGGUACCCCUGGCCUGACAAAAGGGCCCAGCCCCGCACCCCCCUCGGCCCGCAGUCUCCACUCGCCCGGCGCCGCACCCUCGCCCCGCCCACAGCCGUGCCGCGCCCCGCCCCCGUGCCGAGCCCGCCGUGCGCCGCCGCGCCCGCCGCGCCCGCCCCGCCCGCCGCGCGCUGCCCCGCACCGCGGCCGCCGCGCGCCCCUUUGGUGGUGGGGGUGGCCGUGCCCGGCACGCCCCCUGCCUUGGCGGCCUUGGAGGGCGCCCUGCCCUCUGCCCCCUCACUCCGGCGACAUUGGUGGUCGCCCGGGCUUGUGCCCCCUUCCUCUGGCCGGCAGUGA